GUCUCGAAGAUCGAAUGGAAAGUUUUUUCCUCAGCGAAACCUGUAAAUAUCUUUAUCUUCUCUUUGACACUGACAAUCCUUUAAAUAGAGAUGCUGCUAAAUUCAUCUUCAGUACCGAAGGUCAUAUUUUUCCAGUUACAUGGAGAUAUCGCAGAAAAGCCUGGGAAGAUGUGGAUAAAUUUGUAAACGAUUCAUCUUCAUCAUCAUCAUCAUCCGCAUCAUCUAAUAUGCAAGAUGAAUAUAACAAUAAUCUACCAUUGGAUACUAAUCAUUCAACUAAAUCAUGCCUUAAAAUUAAUCAAGAGAGACAUUACAUGUUGCCAAUUAAGAAUAAUUAUCUUCAUCAAGUAAUUCAUGCCUUACGUUCAGAGGUUUAAUUUAAAUUAUUGAAAAAAAAAUAGUUGAUAAGAAAUCAGAUCAUAACAAUUGUGAAUCUAUUUUUUUAUGAUUUAUGAUUUACUUUCAAUGUAUUUUAAUAAUGUGAUACAUAAUGUGUAAUGUUUCAAACUAAGAUUUGUAAUAUUAUUUAAUUGAGAAACAAAUAAUGAUAUUAACAACAAGUUAGAUGGUCAACAUGAUCACUCAACGUUGAUCCAUA